UAUAUAUAAACCCAUACCAAAUCAACCUUUGUUCAACAAGUUUAUAGGGUUAGUGAAGGAAGCUACUAGAACUAGCUCAGCAUCUACGAUGAGGAAGUGGACGAUUCCUUCCGCUCUUCUUCUCCUCUGCCUUCUCUGUCUUCUCCCAGAUCAAGGUAGUAAAAUACACGUAAAUGCGGAGGACAACUCCGAUGAGCUUGUAGAUCCACCUAAGGUCGAAGACAAAAUCGGCGCCGUUCCAAAUGGUUUAUCUACUGACUCCGACGUCGUUAAGAGGGAGGCGGAGUCAAUUUCAAGGAGAUCUCUUCGCAACACUGCGGAGAAGUUUGAGUUCCAGGCGGAGGUGUCUAGACUCAUGGAUAUCAUUAUCAACUCCCUUUAUAGCAACAAAGACAUUUUCUUGAGGGAAUUGAUCUCCAAUGCUUCUGAUGCACUGGACAAGAUUAGAUUCCUUUCCCUUACAGACAAGGAAAUUUUGGGCGAAGGUGAUAACGCUAAGCUUGAGAUCCUGAUUAAAUUAGACAAAGAGAAGAAAAUCCUUUCAAUUCGUGACAGAGGUAUAGGCAUGACAAAGGAGGAUUUGAUUAAGAACCUGGGUACUAUAGCAAAAUCUGGAACAUCAGCAUUCGUUGAGAAGAUGCAGACCAGUGGAGAUCUCAAUCUCAUUGGUCAAUUUGGAGUGGGGUUCUACUCUGUAUAUCUUGUUGCGGACUAUGUUGAAGUAAUUAGUAAGAACAAUGACGACAAGCAGUACGUUUGGGAGUCAAAGGCUGAUGGUGCAUUUGCUGUUUCUGAAGAUACAUGGAACGAGCCACUAGGACGUGGAACUGAGAUUAGAUUGCACCUUAGAGAAGAAGCUGGGGAGUACUUGGAAGAGAGCAAGCUAAAGGACUUGGUAAAAAGGUAUUCUGAAUUCAUCAACUUCCCCAUCUAUCUUUGGGCGAGCAAGGAGGUUGAUGUAGAGGUUCCUGCUGAAGAAGAUGACACUAGCGAGGAAGAGGAAUCAACUGAAACUAAAACUUCUGAGGAAGAAGAGGAGGAUGCUGAGAAAACUGAAGGUGAAGACUCUGAGAAAAAAUCGAAGACAAAGAAGGUGAAGGAAACAACUUAUGAAUGGGAACUUUUGAAUGAUGUUAAAGCUAUUUGGCUGCGGAAUCCAAAGGAGGUGACAGAAGAAGAGUACACCAAAUUCUACCACUCUCUUGCUAAGGAUUUCAGUGAUGAUAAGCCUUUAUCAUGGAGUCAUUUUACCGCUGAAGGUGAUGUGGAGUUCAAGGCUGUGUUGUUUGUGCCCCCUAAAGCUCCUCAUGAUCUUUAUGAGAGUUACUAUAACGCCAACAAAUCCAACUUGAAGUUAUAUGUCAGAAGGGUUUUCAUCUCAGAUGAAUUUGAUGAGCUUUUGCCAAAAUACCUGAACUUUUUAAUGGGUCUUGUUGAUUCUGACACUCUGCCACUCAAUGUGUCAAGAGAGAUGCUUCAACAGCACAGCAGUUUGAAAACUAUCAAGAAGAAGCUCAUUCGCAAGGCACUUGAUAUGAUUCGUAAGCUUGCUGAAGAAGAUCCUGAUGAGUCCAGCUACAAAGAGAAGAAAGACGUUGAAAAUUCCGGCGAUGAUGAGGUGAAGAGAGGUCAGUACACAAAAUUCUGGAAUGAAUUUGGAAAGUCUAUCAAAUUAGGUAUCAUUGAGGAUGCCACUAACAGAAAUCGUUUGGCUAAACUUCUAAGAUUUGAGAGCUCCAAGUCUGAUGGCAAAUUGACAUCAUUGGAUCAGUACAUUUCAAGAAUGAAAUCAGGACAAAAGGAUAUAUUCUACAUUACUGGAACCAGCAAAGAGCAAUUGGAGAAAUCUCCUUUCCUUGAGCGUCUUAAAAAGAAGAAUUUUGAGGUUGUUUUCUUCACAGAUCCUGUUGAUGAAUACCUGAUGCAAUACCUGAUGGAUUACGAAGACAAAAAGUUCCAGAAUGUGUCUAAGGAGGGACUGAAACUUGGCAAAGACUCAAAAGACAAGGAGUUUAAGGAGUCAUUUAAGGAGCUCACGAAGUGGUGGAAGAGUGCUCUUGCCAGUGACAAUGUGGAUGAUGUGAAGGUGUCCAACCGUUUGGAUGACACUCCUUGCGUUGUUGUGACCUCCAAGUAUGGUUGGAGUGCAAAUAUGGAGAAGAUUAUGCAGUCUCAGACUCUAUCUGAUGCUAGCAAACAAGCAUAUAUGCGUGGGAAGAGGGUGCUCGAAAUCAACCCGAGGCACCCAAUCAUCAAGGAGCUCCGAGAGAGAGUUGUUCAGAACCCAGAGGAUGAGAACGUGAAGCAAACAGCACAACUCAUGUACCAGACUGCACUCGUGGAGAGUGGCUUCAACCUUCCUGACCCCAAGGACUUUGCAUCUCGAAUCUACAAUUCUGUAAAGUCCAACCUGAAAAUCAAUCCUGAUGCAACCAUCGAGGAGGAAGAUGAUGCCGAAGAGGUUGAGGCAGAAAGUACCAAGGAGGCUGCUGCUCCGCCGAAGGCCGAAAAUGAUGAUGAUGAUGCAGGAGCUGUCAAGGACGAAUUGUAGAUUGCCUGUAGGGCAGCCUAGUCUUUUUAAUUUUAUUUAAAGGGGCCUUAUUAAGAUUUUAUCUUUCAUGUUUCAGUCUCUGAUAGAAACUAAAAUUACUGCAUCUUGCUUAUAAUGUGCUUGCGAAAGAAGACCUUAGAUGAUAGACUUUUACUGUAAUCAUAAUGCCAGGAAUUUUGCCUUAUCAAUUAAUGUUAUCAAUUUUCAGUCU